AGCUUCUCACUUCCGGGGUUGGUACAUUAUUGUGACUGAAAGAAAAAUCCCCAUUCUUGCGAUAUUCGCCAAAUUGAAGUCAUAAAUAAGUAUAACAUGCGAGUAUUUGUGAAUUAGUGUCAGUCAUGGUGAUAUGAGACGCAUGAAUAUUUACAUAGUUGAUGUUCUACCAUGUGUUCUAUGGUUCUAUGGUUCUACCUGGUUCCACUGCAGUGGUUUGGCGCUGCCAGUGCGCGCGACUUUUCAAAGUGGGCGAGUCUGCGUCUCUUAAAGAGGACGUUCAACCGGCUACACACAGAGCUAGGGUUAGCUUUGUGCCUCUCAGAGUUUACCACUCUGACAACUUUACCUAUAAGUUUAAAUAAGCCGGUCAUUUGGUAACGAAACUACAGCACUGAUGUCGAGUAGUCAGCGAAUGUUUUAGAUUAUACCGAGGGAACUUUGUUCGUAACCGUUGUACGAAGCUAACGUGGCCAGGUUUCCUCUAUUCAGCUAGCCUGAAUGCUCUGUGUUGUAAACAGUAGUAUGGAGAAAAGUUAAUAACGUGACCCAAAUAAAGGGACUAUACCAGCGGAGUACUCUACACAAACAGGCUUUGCAUCAUGUCUAUUGAUUUUGACAGUGCUGCUCUUCAAACCCAACACGAUGAAGAGGAGUAUGACCAGGAGGACUAUGCAAGAGAGCAAGAGCUGCAGAAACUGCUGACAGACCUGCCUGAUGACAUGCUGGAGGACAGCAGAGACUCCUCCUCCCCAGAGCUGGAGUACUCUACCUGCAGCCAUAAAAACACUGGCAACAGUCCCCAGUCUACGUGGACCCAGCAAUGGUCAGUUCAUCCAAGACCAACCUCUCAUGAACAGACUCACAAAGCACAUCUCUCUCAGGAGGACUAUGCUUAUGAGGAUGGAGCUGUUCAGAUCAACGGACACCUUGGUCACCCUCAGAGUCAACCUCUGCCUCACACCUGGAACCAGCAGCCACAGGGUCAUCAGUUCACCGAGGGAGAUUAUACGUACACCAGUAUGGGAACAGAGAGAUCUACAGAAACCAAUGAUUUCUCCACGGAUGAAUAUGGUUCUAAACCAUACACCCAAGGCACUAAUACCUGUGCAGUGUACAAGGAAGAGGGAGGACACAGGGAAAACCAAAACUAUGGGGACCACAACAAUGGCAGAAACCAUUUUCAGAAUUCAAGGUCUGCAGCAGGAGACAAAAUUGUGGAUCCAUUCAAAGCCAGCUACAACCCUCACCAUCCUGCCCAUCAGCCAAUGUUGAACAAGAUGUUCAACGCUAAGGCUGCAGACCAACAAGGUCAACUAGACAAUCUGCAAAGAGAAUUUCUGGACUCAACACAGCAAACUGCUGAUAGAGAGCAGCUUGCUCAGCUGCAGAUUUUAAACCAGGCUCAGCACAGGCAACUUGAAGACUUGGAGCGGAAACUAGAAGAUUCAAGGCGUAACAUGAGAUACCUCGAGCAUCAGUUUGCCAUUGCCAAAGACGAGAAGGAUGGCCUUGCAGUUAGUCUAAAGGAAUCAAGCCGAUUAGUUGAAGAGUCCAAGGAGAGAGAGCUUCAAAUGCAAAACAAAUUGAAGGCGAUGGAGCAGCAAGUACAGCUUCUUAAUGAGAGAGACCAGGAGAACACAAAGAAGCAGAGGGUGGCAGAGGCUGCAGUGGACAGCUUGAAGCAGCAGUUGUUGGAGCUUUGUCGCUCCGACACAUUGUCCAAAUCACGGCAGCAGCAUGACCGAGACCUCACCAUCAUGAAGGAGCAGCAUGACUCUGCAUUGUUGACUCUACAGCAGAAGCUAGACUCCAACUCUCAGGCUCUGGAUGAACAGAUGGAUGUGGGUCAGAGGUUUCGAGAGCAGGUGAAGCAGCUGGAGCGUCAGAGAGAAGAAGAGCAGCUGGAGAGAGCCAGAGUUGUCAAUGGCCUCACUCAGCGUCUGGAGGAGAGUCAGCAACAGUGUGCCAAGCUGCUGCAGACCAGUUCUGUGCAGGAGUUGACUCAGUUGCAAGUAAAACUACAACAGGCUCAAUCAGCCAAGACCCUCAGUGAAAACAUGAACAGAGUCUUACAGGAGGACCUGUCUGAUUUAAAGGAGCAGAUCACUCUUUAUGAAUCAGCUGUGAAACAUGGAGUCAUUGCUUUAGACCUGAGCAGUGAAUGGGAGAACCAGCUGUCUGAAUCCUGCAUGGAUUUAGGAUUAAAGAAAAUAAACAGGAAAAAUGGACUUCACAGUACGGCCGUGGCUCACCUGUCAGACUCCAAGCUUCCCAAAGAUGAAGCUUUGCGGCUGCUGCGAAUGGAGAUGCAGCGCUGCCUGGGAAGUCUGAAGGGAAAGCGUCAGAAGAUCAGUCAGCUACAGGAGGAGCUCCAACUCAGUCAGACGAGUGUGAACGAGCUGCAGACCCAGUUAGAUGAAGCCAAGCUCAGCUUAUCAGUCAGGGAGACCACUCAGCACAAACAUCUGGACCUAACUGGAGAGUCUCAGAAAGAGUUCAUUCAACUACAAGAAGAUAAACGACACUUGCAGGAACAAGUGGAGGUGUUAGAAAAGAAGAAUAAGGAGCUGAAGCACGGUGAGGAGAAGGUGAGGUCUGCCAACGCUGAGCUUUGCACCAAGAUGAGAGAGAUGAUCCAAGAACUGGACCAGGAGAAGCAGGAGGCUGCUCAGAGGUCUGAGCGGAUUCAUCAGCAGUACAGGGAUGACGUGGUGCAUCAGAUCAGAACGGAGCUCAUGCUGGAACAUGACGCUCAGAUUGAACAGCUGACUGAACAGAACCAGCAGCAGGUCCAACAGUUCCAGUCCCAGCUGACUGAGGUCAAUGAUAAGAUGUUGGCUGUGCAGGAGUGUUACUUAUCUGUCUGCAAGGAGAAGGAUAUGCUGGAAGAAAGCAUACGCAGCAGGGAGAAGGAGGAGGAGGCUUUGGUAAAAGAUAACGAGCAAAAGUUGAGAGAGGAGAGUGAUAUGGCUGUGGUCAAACUGAGGGCGGAGCUUGAAGCUCAACAUCAGGCAUCAUUAAACCAGAUCAAAGCUCUGUGGUCCAAGGAAAAGGAGGUGGAGAUCCAGCUACAGGUGACCUCUCAGGUAGACUCGGCAAAGGCUGCUUGGGAAGAAACUUUACAAAAGGCGGAGGAGACUUGGGCUCAGAGGCUGGAGGAGGCUAAGAGAGACAGGGAGACUGCUGAGGCAUCCUGUCAGACAGAUCAUACUAACACCAGCAGAGUGAUGAUCACUGUUGAGGAAGUGGACUCGAGAAUCAGUGCCCAGAAACAACAGCUGCAACUGGAGGCUGACAAAGUCAAACACAAAGCUGUUGAGGAAGCCAGAAAACAAGUUCAGAGGGAGCUGAAUGAGAAGCACCUGGAGGACAUGGCCAAACAGGUGGAAGGUGCAGUAACCAGAGCCUACAAUCGCUGGAUUGAGGAUUUGACUUCUCUACCAGAAUACCAAACUGCACUACAAACAGAGAGAAAAAAAUGGGAAACACUAUAUGAAAAACACACAGAACAACAGGUAUUGAAGGCCCUGAGAGAGACAGAGGAGCAGUGGCACAAAAAGCACAGGAACCAGUUAGGGGAGCAGAGCUCUGGCACACAGAGGAUAGAGGAGCUCCAAGGGGAGAUGGCAGCUCUUCGUAGUCAGCUGGAGCAAGUGAGGAGUGAACAAGCUGCCCUGCUGAAGGCUGAGCUGGCUGGAGCUAGAGCGAUCUGGAACCGAGACAAACAGCAGGAGAUCUCCGUCAUCCAGGCCCGCACUGAGCAGGUGCACCAGAGCAAGCUGCAAGAGCAGCACAAAAAGCUGGAGCAGGCUUUGCUGCAUGACAGGGAGGAUGCAGACCUCCAGAAGAAGGAGAUUCUUGUGCAGAUGGAGGCCAAGCUUCAGCAGACUCUGAGGGUCAGAGAGGAGGAGUGGAGAUGUCAGCGUGCAGAGAGGGAGCAGAACCAGAGACAGCAGAUGAGAGAUGAAUUUGUGAAAGAACUUCAGGCUUGUCUGGCAGAGGUUCAAAAACAUCUUCACAGGACUCAGACCAAAACAGAUCACCAGGUCACUGAAGACACGAGGAGGAGCAGCGGUGCCUCAUCAGACAACACAAUAAAACAGAUCAUCCAAACAUUCUGUAAAGACACAGUCAGCAGAGCAGUGUCUCAUGCCAAAAAGGAAUGGAAGAAAAUCAGUGAGGAGAGACUGAGCCAAGUGUUAAAAGAAACACAGCAACAGCAUGAAAGAGAAAUCAACACAAUGCAAACUUCUGUGUCUCAGAGAAAGGAGCAGGCGCAUUGCAAGAAGGAGUGCACAGAAACUGUGAGUAAGCUGCAGAAGAAGAACCAGGAGCUCCAGAGACACUUAGAGAAAGCCUGUCGUCAACUCCAGAACACUGUAAGAGAGCACAGAACUGCCAUGCAGCAUCUGAAAGGUGAGCAUGAAAGCAGCCUACAAAAAGCAAAAGGGGAACAUCUGCAGCAGCUGGAGGAAGCGAGGAGAGCCAAAGAAUCCUCAGGGAUCUCUGAUCAACAACAAAAUAUUCAGCAAGGCCUGGAGGAGAUGAAGCAGCAAUAUAUGUCAACUGUGGAAAAGAUCAGAGGAGACAUGCUGAGAUACCUUCAGGAGAGCCGGGAGCGAGCAGCAGAGAUGAUCCGUACGGAGGUGCAGAGGGAAAGGCAGGACACUGCCAGAAAAAUGCGACGCUAUUACCUUACCUGUCUGCAGGAGUUAUUGGAGGAUGGAGGAAAGACGACAGGGGCUGAAAAGAAAAUAAUGAAUGCUGCAAGCAAGCUGGCAGCCAUGGCUAAGGUGCUGGAGACCCCUAUCAAGAGUAAAUCUGGACAGAACAGUUCACAAACUGCAUCCUCAGCUGGCUGCCCUUCAAGUAGACACACAGGUUACAGUAAGACUCCAUCAAUGCUGCCUGAGCUCCCUGACAUCAGGCCAGAGGACAGAUCCCUGAGGGAAAGGACUUCUGCUGACUCAGAGCAGAAACAAACCGCUGCAGUGAGGACUAAACCUUCUGUGUCCAGGACAGAGGAGGCCUCAACAGCUGCUGGGAUAAAACACCAAACUUCUACUCACUCACACCUCCGCGCUCUCAACCCUUCUCAACAGAUGUCUUCGUCAUCCCAGGUGGAUUGUGUCGAUGUUUCUGUGAGAAAUAAAAACAGGGAGUUGUACCUGCAGGGAGGGAACCCCAAAGCAAUAGACUUACAGCAACAGAGCCAACCGUUUGUUGUCCAGGAGGCUCCUGUCAGAGAGGAGAAGCGCACAGACUGGCGCUUGACCAGCAGUGACUCAGAAACAGGCCUUCAGGUUGCCAGACUCUCCAACUCAGGGAGGAAAGUUGAACCAGUCAAACCCUUCUCAGCAUCUCCGUCAUCAGCCUGUGACUUCCGAGAGUUUGGUGGCCUCACCCCGGACGUUUCUGACUUAACCGUUUAUAAUGAAAUCGCAAAGAGGACCCCUCACAUUCAGACCUCCAACUUCCCCAACGCCAAGUUGAGUUCGCACAGGGAGCCCACCCCUGGCUCUGAGGGCAAAAAGCAGCAGGGAGUUUGUUCCAAGCCUGUGUUCUCAGAGCUGAGGCAGCGGCAGCAGGACAGUGGCUUCGACAGUCCGUUCUACCAACACAAAUGACAAAGUGAGGGGGCAGGCAUGAGGACAGGUAUGAGAGGACAACUGACGUGACAAUGUUUGUUACCUUAAUGAAGAGUGCCUUAAAUGCAGUGUUUGAAGUUUACACGAUGUAGAACCUUUGACCUUAUAUCUGCUUGCAGUAUUUGUGUUUAUGUGACUGAACUUGGAUUGAAUCCUAGAUGUUGGAUUGGCCUUAACAUAGUUAAAGACAAAGAUACAUAAACCCAAAACAUAAACAUUAUUCAUAGGACACUUGCAGGGCAAAGGUUGGUUUCUCUGACCAUUACCCUGAGAGGUUUGUUACAUACUGCCAUGAUAAACUAAAACAUGAAGGUGUUAGUACAUACUGAUGUAUCACUUUAAAGAAAUGUUUCAGUGUUUGCAUUAAUUCAUCAGGUGUUUGCUCUCAGCUGUGUGCCUGCUAAGACUUUUCAGGUCAGACACCAGACAAGGUUCAGGUCAUGCUCUGUUCUGUUCUCAUUAUGUAUGUUUGUUACUGUGUUAUUUUUUAACAUUUCCUGAAUGAGAUGUGCUGUGCAUAGUUUAUACAUGUUUUUAUACGUCUUUAAAUCUUUUUAAUAAAUCAUAUACUGACGAAAA